ACCGCAGUUCGCGGUGAGGCACUUUCCAGCGGUCAUCAUGGCAGCCGUUUCGCGGCCACCCCUUGCCGCCGCCCGGAGCCGGUUCGUUGUGGUGGGAGGUGGGAUCGCGGGGGUGACCUGCGCCGAGCGGUUGGCUACCGAGUUUCCCUCUGAUGAUAUUUUACUAAUCACGGCGUCUCCUGUUAUAAAAGCAGUAACAAACUUUAAACAGGUUUCCAGAACUUUAGAAGAAUUUGAUGUUGAGGAACAAGUGAGCAGUGUGUUGGAGAAACGCUACCCUAACAUUAAAGUUAUCCAGUCUGGUGUAAAACAGUUGAAAAGUGAUGAGCAUAAGAUAAUCACAGAAGACGGCAAGGAGUACGGUUAUGAGAAACUUUGUCUGUGUGCUGGAGCCAAGCCGAAAUUAAUUACUGAAGGAAACCGUUUUGUGUUGGGAAUCCGGGAUACAGACAGUGCUACGGAAUUUCAGAAACAUCUGGCAAAAGCCAAAAGAAUAAUUAUUGUAGGAAAUGGCGGCAUUGCAUUGGAGUUGGUCUAUGAAAUUGAAGGCUGUGAAGUCAUCUGGGCCAUCAAAGACAAAGCGAUUGGGAAUACCUUCUUUGAUGCAGGCGCAGCUGAAUUCCUGAUUCCCAAGCUGCGCGCAGAGAAGCCGGAGCCUCCGAUUGCUUGCAAGAGGACCAAGUAUAUGAUGGCAGAAGCUGAGAAGGGAGAAAGAACUGGAGCAAGCCCUGGGAAAAUGGGCAGUGCCUUGGGCCCUGAUUGGCACGAAGGCUUGCACCUCAAAGGAGCAAAAGAGCUUUCCCAUAAAGUUCACAUCGAAAGCCAGUGUGAGAUAAAGAAAAUCUACCUCCAGGAAGAGUUCCAGCAGUCACAGAAGGUAUCCUUGGCUUUCCCUAAAGCACAACAGGAUAAGGGGGACGCAGAACCAGAUCAAGAACUGUGGCCAGCAUAUGCAGAACUAACCAAUGGGAAGGUGUACGGCUGCAGCUUCAUCGUCAGUGCCACUGGAGUGGUGCCCAAUGUCCAGCCGUUCCUUGAUGGCAACAACUUUGCUCUGGGUCAAGAUGGAGGUUUAAAAGUGGACAAAGAGAUGCAUACUUCGCUACCGGAUAUCUAUGCAGCAGGGGACAUCUGCACAACAUCAUGGGAGCCCAGCCCAGUAUGGCAGCAGAUGAGGCUCUGGACCCAGGCGAGGCAGAUGGGAUGGUACGCUGCAAAAUGUAUGGCCGCUGAUGCUUUAGGGGAACCCAUUGAUAUGGACUUCAGCUUUGAACUCUUUGCUCAUGUAACAAAAUUUUUCAAUUACAAGGUGGUGCUGCUGGGAAAAUACAACAGUCAAGGGCUGGGAUUAGACCAUGAACUGAUGCUGAGAUGUACGAAAGGCCAGGAAUAUGUCAAAGUGGCGAUGCAGAAUGGCCGAAUGAUGGGAGCCCUGCUGAUCGGCGAAACCGACCUGGAGGAAACUUUUGAAAACUUGAUUCUAAAUCAGAUGGAUCUUUCACGCUAUGGGGAACAUCUCUUGGAUCCAAACAUAGACAUAGAGGACUAUUUUGACUGACCUUCUGAAAAAAAUGAACGUCUUUGACUUUUUCUGAGUGAUAGACUGGGUGUUUAGAUAGGGGUCCCCCCCGCCCCCCCCCCCGUGUGGAACAGCUACCUUGAAAUGCACAAGGAGUGCUUUCAGGUGAUGAUGGUAUGGUGCGUACCACUUUGCAAGUGCAAUAAAGUUGGCCGUUGAGUGGGUAAAGGAAUUUACUUCAGACAUCAACAUGUUAAUGUAAUUUACAGGUGACUUUUUUACUGCUGCUGUGCAGCUUCUGUUGUAGUGGGGCUUAAACAUACCACAAUACCUAAGUAAGUACUUGACAGGCUGGGACUGGAAGCCUGCCCUGGAGCAGGCUACCUGCUGGUUUACUGGGUGCUGAACACAACCUCUGCUCUGAUUAAAUACUAGUGAAAUCAACAAGACUGUGAAGUGCCUACAUCUAGAUCAUGCCGUGUUGAUCUAGUAGUCCUAGUUUAUAAAAACAAACACAAAUGGUAUCUGGAGCUGGCCCACCCCGCUUCAUUUGUCUGUAGCUGCUUUUCUAUUUUAUUGUCCCACCCAGCUAUAGUAAGCGCCAAGACAUGGCAUCUGUGGGGGCGCAGCCAGUCUCGUGGUUUUCUCCCAGCCCACCCAGAGCCUUCCUGUUAGUGGAGGACUGAACCCCUACUUGGAAAUAAUUAUGAAUGACCAUAUGCCGUAUAAGCAGAGACUUUGUCCCUUACGAAGAAAUCUUUUGUUGGCUUGGAUGACCAUCUAAAUUUCAAAUGAGAGCAAAUCUUGGAAAAUAAACAUUUGAAUCAUGCUGUUUAGAA